AUGGCUGGCAUUUCUGCUGCUCGUUUAACGGAAGAACGUAAAGCUUGGAGAAAAGAUCAUCCGUUUGGGUUCAUUGCGGGUAUACCAGGUAAAACUGGUACAGCAUGGGAAGGUGGCCUGUUUAAAUUACGAAUGUUAUUUAAGGACGAUUAUCCAUCUACUCCUCCAAAAUGUAAAUUUGAGCCACCGUUAUUUCAUCCGAAUGUUUAUCCAUCUGGUACUGUUUGUUUGUCAUUGUUAGACGAAGAAAAAGAUUGGAGACCGGCAAUAACCAUCAAACAAAUAUUAUUAGGUAUACAAGAAUUAUUAAAUGAACCAAACUGUAAAGAUCCAGCACAAGCAGAAGCGUAUGCGAUUUAUAUGCAAGACAAAGUCGAUUAUGAAAAACGUGUUAGAGAGCAAGCAGCUAAAUUCAGAACACAAGAUAUAUGA